AUGGUCUUAAUGGAUCUUUUGGGAAACAAGAUACAUGCAACCGUUAAGAAGUCAUUGAUUGGUACCUUCCUGGGGGUCAUCACUGAAGGAUCUUUUAAAGCUAUAUCCCAUUUUGGAGUCGCUGCUAAUAGUGAUAUUAUUGGGGAAGUUGUUGUUGUUAGCGAUUUGAUUACUGGCGACAGGAAUGGAAAGCCAUCACGUCGGUUGACAUUAGAAAUGCAAGAUUGCGAGGAGGUUAAAAUUACAGUGACAUUGUGGGAUGACUACGCGCCAAACGUGAUGGAUUACUUUGCAGGACACCCGGGUGGUUGUGUCGUCAUGAUCAUACAAUUUGCCAGAAUACGUCCAUGGAGAGGAACCAAUACGGUUACAAAUUCUCUCUUCUCUACCCGACUUUUCAUUGAUUCAGAAAUUGAUGAAAUUAUGGAAUACAAGUCCAGGAUUGUGAAUGCUUAUGGGACCGAUGAUCCGAUUCGUGCUGUUCCGAUUCGUGUUGUAUCUUAUCUUUCUACACCAUCGUCCAUUUCUGAACCGAAUGAUUUUCUUACACUUAACCCGAAGAAACGAAUUGAUGAUCUGCAGGAAGUAGACGAGAGUUGUGUGGCUGCCGUGGUUGCUUCAAUUGUUUCCAUUGAAUCCGAGUAUGGUUGGUUUUAUAUUGCAAGUAAGAAAUGUAAUAAGAAAGUUAAUCCAGCUCUGGAGGUGGGUGAGUUGGAUGGUGCUGAUGCUCCUCUUCAAUCAUACUACUAUUGCAACAAGUGUCAAAAUAAUAUUUUAGCUGUGGUGCCGAGAUUCAGGGUUCAGAUAAGGGUUCUUGAUGAUAGUGGAAGUACAUCUUUCCUAUUGUUUGAUACGGACGUUUACAAAUGUAUCCAAAAGACUGCUUUACAUGUCAGGGAAGACAUGUUGAAGAUUGAAAGUGAAGAUGAGAGAUCUAAGGUGCCAAAGGAGUUGGAGGGAUUGGUUGGAAGUUCUUCAAAGUCUGAAUAUUUUGUUGGCCAGGAUGUUGACGCUGAUCUUGAUACUUCUACUACAGAGAAAAGAAAUAUAACACCUAAGUGCUUGGCUGGGAAGGAUUCAAUAAAUUCCUGCACUGGAGAAGUUGAUGGACACGAUGUCCAAUUGAUGUCCACUGCAACUAGCCCUCUGAAAAGGACACUGCAAUUUGAUGAGGACGAUGUAACUCUUCAGUCAUCUUCGACUAAAGCAAAGAUUGAAGUGAAGCUUGAAAAUUUUAGACUAGCAUAG